GCUGCUCUCCGGCAGGGCCAGAGCUAUUUUAGAGCCGUGCGCGACAGCCCCCCACUUGCGAAACGCAUUGCACGCCGCAGGACUGCUCGAAAAUGGCUCUGGCGGCCGUUCGUCCAGUGUUCGUGUCCGUAACGCGGUCGACGGCAGCCCUCAGCAGGGCCUGCACGACUCCUGCACUCGGGACUUGGGCAGGCAGGACGGUCAGCAGGGCGGCCUGCUCCUCAGGUGCACUCGGAAGGACGGGCUGCGUCCGAGCACUGGCAACAAAGCCGCCCGACAACGGGGACGCGGAGGAACAAAGCCGCCCGACGCCGGAGCCCGAGUACGGCCUCGGCCCGCCGGAGGGCCUAUUGCGCAACGUGGGCCAGGUCAUCUUCAUGGACAAGCCCGCGGCCGGGUCCCUCGCGCUUAUCGGCUUAGCAAUAGGCGACCCGUACCUCGCGGGCCUCGGCUUCGCGGGCGGCGCCACCGCCACCGUAACGGCGCGGGCCGUCGGUUUCGAUGAGGAGGCGACAGAUAAUGGAUUGAUGGGCUACAACGGCGUUUUAGUCGGCUGCGCCUUCUCGCAGUUCCUCGCCGUGAGUCCUCCGGUAGCUUUGGCGGCCACGGUCGCGGGCGCGGCCGCCACGGCGCCGCUCGCCGCCGUGCUCAAACCGCUCUGCGGCAAAGUGCCGCAGUGGACGCUCGCCUUCAACGCGGCGACGCUGUCGGCGUUGUUGUAUACGAGACCGUUCGCCGAUUCCGUACCGGGACCGCCCGCUUCCAUUGAUUCGAACUACGAGUUGUUGAAUGCCGUCUUAGACACGCCCUUCGUGGGCAUCUCCCAGAUUUUUGUCGUGGACAACGUCGUGAGCGGCAACGUCAUCGCGCUUGGUUUAUUAGUACAGCAGCCGUCGUGGGCGUUCCACGCCGUCGGCGGCUCCGCGGUCGGGGCGCUGACCGGUUUGAUGAUGGGCGCGCCGCUGGACGAAGUAUUGCAUGGGCUGUGGGGUUUUAAUUCGGCGCUGACGGCGCUGUCCGUCGCCGUGUUCUACGAGCCGUCGCGGCAGACGUACGUGCUCGCGGGCGCCGGCGCGGCCGUAACCGCCGUCGUCUUCGGGGGCCUGAAGACGGCCCUCGGGGCGUUCGCCGUGCCCGCGCUGACGCUACCCUUCUGCGCCGUCGCGACGGGCUGCUACCUCCUCGGGGACCACGUGCCGGGCCUCAAGCUCCGCUGACCAGUUUUGUAUAUAACCAUCAUCACAACAUA